GCUGGUGGCGCUGUCGGCUUCUCAGAGGCUAUGGCAAUGGGGCGAAGCUUCUGUCUUGGGGCGGGGAGAUGUGAAACGAGGAGUGGAGGUUUCUAGCGAAGGCGGCGGCUGCUGCUGCUGGGGGAGAGGCGGAGCGGGCGCCUGGGCUUCGUUCUCCUCCUCCUCCUCCUCCCGGGCCCCGCCGCAGAGAGCGCGAGCGGGGCUGUGGUGGCCGCCCUCUGCUGUGCCCGCCAUGGGGAUCCGCAAGAAGAGCAACAAGAACCCUCCCGUGCUCAGCCAUGAGUUCAUCGUGCAGAACCACGCGGACAUCGUCUUCUGCAUGGCCAUGGUCUUCCUGCUCGGGCUUAUGUUCGAGGUUACAGCAAAAGCAGCUGUUGUCUUCGUUACACUUCAAUACAAUGUUACUAUUUCUGCUACAGAAGAACAGCCUAUGGAAACAGUCACACUCUAUCACUAUGGCAUCAAAGAUCUGGCUACUGUUUUCUUCUAUAUGUUGGUAGCAAUAAUUAUACAUGCUAUUAUUCAAGAAUAUGUGUUAGAUAAAAUUAACAGGCGAAUGCACUUUUCCAAAACAAAGCAUAGCAAAUUCAAUGAAUCUGGACAACUCAGUGCAUUCUACCUUUUUUCCUGUGUUUGGGGGACCAGCAUUCUUGUGUCUGAGAAUUAUGUAUCUGAUCCAACUUCACUCUGGAGAGACUACCCACAUACAAUGAUGCCGUUUCAAAUGAAGUUUUUCUACAUCUCACAGUUGGCAUACUGGUUCCAUGCCUUUCCUGAACUCUACUUUCAGAAGACAAAAAAAGAAGACAUUCCUCGCCAGCUUGUUUAUAUUGGACUGUAUCUUUUCCAUAUUACAGGAGCUUAUCUGUUAAAUUUGACCCAUCUUGGGCUGGUUCUCCUUGUGUUGCAUUACUUUGUGGAAUUUCUCUUCCACAUCUCUAGACUGUUUUACUUCAGUGAUGAAAAAUACCAAAAAGGGUUUUCACUUUGGGCAAUUCUUUUUGUGUUGGGAAGACUUCUGACCUUGAUUCUUUCUGUCCUCACUGUUGGAUUUGGCCUUGCUCGAGCAGAGAAUCAAACAUUGGAUGUUAGUUCUGGAAACUUCAAUGUGCUACCAGUCAGAAUCAGUGUGUUGGCUUCCAUCUGUUUAACUCAGGCCUUUAUGAUGUGGAAGUUCAUUAAUUUUCAGCUAAGAAGAUGGAGAGAACAUUCCUCCCCUCCCCAACCAGUAAAGAAGAAGUUUGUGACAACUAAAGGCAGGCCAUCCAAAAAAGAAAGAGAAAAUGGAAUAAAUGGAGCAUUGACCUCAAAUGGAGCAGACUCACCUCGUAGCAGGAAAGAAAAAUCCUCUUAAAACAAAACUUUAUUAAGUUAAUUGACUAAUAUCCCCAAAGAGAACUGCUUUUUACGUUGGAAAGUCCUUCAGCACCAGAAUUCUUACUGUUAACAACAAAAAAUAAAAUCAAUGCUUUUUGAUUAUUGCUACCAUAAUGUUUAUGUGCAACUUUUAAAAACAUUUUAACUGAAAAGGGGGCCACCUUAUUUUUAGCAUCUUUGAAAAUGUUUUGAACAUUAAUCAAAAUUCACUUGCCAAAAAUCAGUAAUUCAGUUUUUCAUUCCUUCCAGCUUUACAGUUGUGAUGUAGCCCAUUCCAAAAAUGUUAUGAAGUUUGUUUGAGGAUUUGAAGAUAAAAGUAAUACCAUAUCUGUUGUUAGAUAUUCUCUAAUGCUUAAGUGUAUGUUAUGAUUUUUCCAAUUCAGAACAGAAUUUGUAAAGCACCAAAAGAGGUAGGUAAUACCUACAGUGGUUCAAGAAAUUCCCUUAUUAAAAUACAGUUUGACUGAUUGAAAUGUUCCAGAGUAUAUAUGUGUGUGUUGUCAAGGAAUCUGUUGUGUACAUUGUGGGUAUUGUUGGAAUCAGGGUUUGAGGAGGUUUGUUGUUUGGUGGUUUAGGGCAUCCUAUCUUGAGAACCAGCUUAAAAACAUGUUUACAUCUUAAAUUCAUACUGAGUUGCUGCUAGAGCAGUUUUCAGUUUGGCAUGCUAGCUCUUUUUUUCAGUGUUGUCCUUUUUGGUUUUCUUCCAUGUAAUUUGCUAGGUGUCAGCUAACUUAGUGGAGCCAAUGAGAACUGGAUUCCUCCUUAAAUUAGGAGCGGCACAUAAAACAUGUUGCAAGAAGUAGCUGUGAAGGAGUUGAUGGUACUAAAAUACAGUGCUGCUUGAUAAAGUUCCCCCAAUACAAGGAAAAUUUAGACUGCUAUUACAACAGCUGGGGGGAAAUACCUUUUUGCAUGCCUACCACCAUCUCCAUUUCUUCCCCCAUUCAAUGACUGGUAGUCUGUAACCUUGGUAUUUCUGCAGUAGGGAGUGAACUGUAUGUAUUUGAUUAUAAAGAGCAUGGCAUGCAAGCAAUCGUUUGGGAUGACAAUGGUCAUGAAAUGCAUAUUGUUUUUACACAUCAAAAUAUUAGUGGGAUAAGCUUCAGUAAGAAUAUCAUUUGAGAAUCACCUUGUUUUAAUUAUACUAUAUGAAUAUAUACCAGGUAGAAUUCUUGCAGAUGAAAGCUGCUAUACAGCACCAGAUAAUCAAACAAAUGGCUCAGCCUGACUACCCUGCAAGUGGAUUUUGAUGGUGGUCAAAAAUAUCAUCAAAUUGCAGCCAACUCACAGCAAUCACAUAGGGUUUUCAAGGCAAGAGAUAAUAGAGGUGGUUUGCCAUUGCCUGUCACUGCAUAGUGACCUUUAACUUCCUUGGUGGUCUUCCAUCCAAGUAUGAGCCAGGGCUGACCCUGCUUAGCUUCCACAAUCAGGCCAGUUUGAGCUAUCCAAGUUAGGGACCUGUGGAUUUUAACAAGGUCCAGAUAAUUGCUUCAGAGUGGGAGUCUAGUGUUUGCACAAGAUGUAGCCAUGUUAGGGUUGCCAAUCCCCAGGUAGAGACAGGGAGUCCCCCAGUUUGGAGGCCCUUCCCUCACUUCAGGGUCAUCAGAACCGGGGGUGGGGGGAGGGAAAUGUCUGCUGGGCACUGUAUUAUUCCCUAUGGAGACCAAUUCCCAUAGGAUAUAAUGGAGAAUUGAUCUGUGGGUAUUUUGGGUGGGGGGGGCUGUUUUUUGAGGUAGAGGGACCAAAUUUGCAGCAUAGCAUCCAGUGCCUCUCCUCAAAACACCCUCCAAGUUUCAAAAAGAUUGGACCAGGGGGUCCAAUUCUUUGAGCCCCAAAAUGUGUCCCUAUCCUUCAUUAUUUCCAGUGGAGGGAAGGCAUUUAAAAAGGUGUCCUGUCCUUUUAAAUGUGAUAGUCAGAACUCCCUUUGGAGUUCAGUUAUGCUUAUCACAACCUUGCUCCUGGUUCUACCCCCAAAGACCCCAGAUAUUUCUUGAAUUGGACUUGGCAACCCUAAGCCAUGUACAGGAAGGAAACAUUCUGUGAAAAGCCACUGAAGUCCCCAUCGCUUAACUAAUUUGCUGUACUUAUAUAGUUGGAUUGCAUUUAAUCAGAGUAGAAACCUGAAAUGUUACCUUAAUGGGGUUUCAUUGUGAGGUUUGACUAUCUUGCCCAGAUCAUUAGUAUCACUGGGUUAGGGAGGAGAAAAGCUCAGAACAGUUGCCAACUCUGAUCUUUGAAAGGGGAACAAACCCCAGCCUUCCCUGACUGUCCUUUGCUUGAUCUUAAAAAUGGUAUAGCAAUAAGAAUCAGGGGCAUCUAGCAGCACUACCAUGCAGCUGGAAUAAGAUCUUUAUACCUGAUUAGAUGAAAUACUCAUAGGAGUAUAGUUGCAUGGUUUAUAUGAGCAGAAUGGUCCAGUAUCAACCAUGCCAAAGCAGCCACACAGUCCACGUAGGGUGUUAGAGUGUGAAUAACUUACAAAACUUCUGUUUCUCUAACCUUGUCCCCUUCAAUAGAUAUGGAAAAUUAAUGUUCUGUCCCUAUGAAGUGGGUAAAACUGCCCCACCUUUCAUGGGCAUACUUUUCACCACAAAAACAGCCAUGCUUUGGUAUAGCAUGUCUGCAUCCUUUGGACCUAGCCUGUUUAUACCUGCAAGCUCUUAAAACAAUGCUUCAUUGGACUAGGAAUGUGGUGUUUGAAUGUUUUCUUAGCUGGAAUAACUGGAUUACUUUGUUCAGUUACAUUUCAUGUAAAUCUUCGUUAAUUUUAGCUUUUUCUUCCUGCCUGAGGCAGUGCUUUAUGAAAAUUCAAACUUUACAAAAUGGUUCCAAUAAAAUGUAAUGGUAACUAUAUGCAUUUUUGUUUCACAAACAGGGAGAUCAUGCCUGAUUAUAUUUCUGGAAGGAUUUUUUCAAGAUGUAUAGGAAAUAACAAGGGUUUGAUAUACUGUUGUUCCUUUAAUGUACAUUUCUAAUAAUUCUUAAUAAAAGAAUGAAAAUGUA